UGAAAUGAGGGCGCAUCAGCUGACUUCCAUCCCCUUAUCAUUACCUGGAUGCCGAACAUCACGCUGAUUGUGGGAAGACAUGGACUCAAAUGUAGAUAAUCAGGAAUCAGAGCACAGCCGAUUGUCUCAUCGUAGGGAUGGCAAGCUCUCGGAAUCUUCUUUCCAAUCUCGGAAAAAGGAGAAAUACCGUAAUGACAUAGAGAGCUCAGCUGGGGAUUGUGCACGGAUCCGAACGCGAGAGCCGGACGGAGACCCAGAACAUGAUCGUGGUUCAGAUGGAGAUCGCAGCAGUGCCUCUUUCUACUCUGAUGAUUAUGAAAAUGUCUCACACUCUGAUCGGUGUCUCUCGCCACGGUCAGUGUCUCCAUCAGCACACAAAAGAGGGAGAUCUAGAAAGAUGUCCAGCAGCCCCUUACAUCGAGCAGGUGUUCGUAAAAGUGUGCCACGGCGUCCCCCGCCCCACUCCCAACAUCCAACAGGAGGCAUACGAUCCCAUACCUUAAGUAAAGAUGCACCAUCCAAAGAUGUCGACAUGGUUACUAAGCGCAUGCUCUCUGCACGUCUGCUUAAGAUCAACGAGCUGAAGAAUGCACUGUCUGAGCUUCGUUUACAUUCGGAUGAGCUGCAGCGUGAAAACCGUUUAUUGCGACAGUUGCAACUGCGACAAGAGAAAGCACUGCAUCGCUACAAUGACACAGAGAGUGAGAUUUCACAGCUGCUGUCUCGCCACAACAACGAGACCCAUGUUCUGCGCGAGAGGCUGCGACGCAGUCAGGAGAACCAGCGCGCUGCUGAGCACAGCCUCCGGGAGACGGAUGCCCAGCUCCAGCGCUGUCGCAGCCAGCUGCAGAAACUGCAGCGACUCGCAGACGACCAGAAUCUCGGAGAGAGGGAGGAACUCUCACGCAAACUGAUGCAUGCUCAAGCAAAAUUGCAAGAGAGUGAACGUAGAGUGAAGGAAUUGGAGAAGAACACUGAGUUGAGUAGCGGGAGCUUUCAGAGGCAGCUAGCUAAUGAGGGGAGAAAAACUCACGAUGCCCAACAGGAAGUUAAAGCACUACAGGAGGAAGUGGAGAGACUUUGCACUAAACUAAAGGAGAAAGAAAGGGAGCUGGAUGCUAGGAACAUCUACUCUAACAGGAUGGUGAAAGCUUCUUCUAAGAAAGAAGUAGAUAAUGGCAGCAGGAGGAAAGACACCAGUACAACCAGAACUAAAGCUGUACAGACUGAGGAAAGGACAUCCUCAGUGGAUUUCCCCUCGCCUCCUCCAGCUCUUGGCAAUGAGCUCCCACCUGACGACCAAACUGAUGAUUGCCUCUCUCUGAAGGUUCGAAAGCCUACUAAGAAUCACAGUGUAAAAAAGCAGGAUCCGCAAGGCAGAAAGCAGAGACAGAAAGAAGUAAACGACUGGAAGAUCCAAGAUUUAUGGAGUGAGAGGGAGAAAGAAAGAGAGAGGGAAUCAGCAGUUGAACAGACAAGAGAGGAGAAAUCAAAAGUGAUACCGCAAGACAGAGAAAGAGAAAUGGAGCUACUGAAAGACAAGGUGAGGCUAAGACUACUAGAUCAACAGCUCAACUCGCAUGAGAAGAACUCAAAUGGACACAGAAAUGGCCUGCACAAAGAGGAAGAGGAUUGGAGGAUUGGCCUAUCUGUUUCUCGGAAGGAGGAAGAGAUCAGGAAGCAGCGUGAACUGGAAGAGGAAGACCUUAAAGCGAGAAAUCAGGAAAUCCAUGUGACCAAUCAAGAGCGAGCUGAAGAGGAACGUCAGCGCAAGGAGCAACUAUUGGCAAAGAUGCGAGAGAUUGACAUGCAGACUCAAGGCCAGGACUCUGACUUCUUCUCAGAUGAGACGGGAAGUGUCCGCUCUCCACCACGGUUGUCUGAGCAGCGAAACCAGAGUGGUAUUUUUAAAUUAACAGACCCAGACGAGAACCUAAACCAGUCUGGGAGUGGGAAAAGGGUGGCUGGUCUCAGAACACAGCGACCUAAUGAGGAUCUCGACCUUGGCUUUAGCAGCUACGCUCCAUCUUUUGGUAAAUCUGCUCCCCGGGGAGGUUUGGGCUCACGGAAUGCAAAUCAGAACUCAAACCCACAGCCUCCCCGAGAGCUGGAUGGAGGGCUGGAUCUGGGUGGUCUUGUGAAAGAGAGGAAGUCCAACCUCAUGCAGCAGCUUUUCGGGUCCACUGCCACUCCUCCACUUUCUGACCCACCCAGCAAAAUGGAGAUCCGGAGCCCCCCUCUUACGGCCCAGCUCCCAUCAGGACCAGUGAAUGGACGCAGCAGGGACACAGACACACCAACUGUACUAAACACCAAUUCUCUCCCCUACAAUAGAAGCACUCUCCAAGUCUCUGAGAGCCGACCUGCAGUUAGGGCCAUUACAUCAUUUGAUGAUGACAUAGAGGAAGUUACACUCUGAAUGGGAUGCCUUUAUAAACAUUGGCAUGAAAGAAUCAGUUUCUUGAAAACGGUAGAAGAGCAUCCAAAACCCCAUUGGUUUUGUGCUCCUUUAUGAAGUAAUCUCUGAUUAAAGAAUCCUUGGUUUGCUACCAUGCCACUUUCUUUACCUUCCAUGCUCUGGGUGAAUCAUAGAGGAAGUUUCACUAUUUUCUUUAGUAAGGUAUGCAAUGGAAAAGCUAAUUUCAUGUCUCUGUGCAGAGUCCAAAAUUUACAAUUGCCAAGCACCAAAUGUAAGUUAGAACUGUAACCAGUUUGCCUGGAACAUUAUUGGGAGCCUCAACAUUAGUGCUGCACGAUUAAUCAUAUCGCAAUCGCGAUGUCAGCAUUUGCGAUUAUAUGACGGCAAAAUCCUGCGAUUAUAUUAAAUAAAUAAGUGAACCACUAUUUUCUACACCACUAAUAAAGAUGACCAGUCAGUCUUAGUUUAGGGAGUGGCACGUGUGGUCAUGUCAUGUGAGUUUCCGGUGUGCAGCUUGGAAAUCAAGUGAAAAUGGACACCGAGCAGACCGACACUGAACUGGUGGCCAGAAAAUAUAUCUUUAUUUCAUCCUUAAAGUUCAUAUAAUACGGGAGCGUUCCAUGUAAUAAACACAAACUCCAAAACUGUCAUUCUCUGUGUGGUCAGAGCCGCUUCAACCAGUCACAGAAGAGACAAAAUUUGAGCGAGAGUCGAGACCGGGAGAGAUAUAAAGUUCUGCCGGGUGAUGCGCACUCUAACACGGAGACACUCCUCUCUCAACCCCGUUGUCUGCAGCUCGAAUGUCUGAUAGAAACACAGAUCACAGCUUGGCGAUUAUAUCUUUAUUUCAUCCUUAAUUCAAGUUCAUAGAUAUUUUCCCCAAAUCGCGCAGCCCUACUCAACAUGAUACAUGGUUUAAAGACUGGAUUACACUACACAACUUUAGCUACAAUUUCAGCCCCAAUUUGCUAUUGGGAUUUGUUACUUGUCGACUCCAGUCAGCUGAUCAGUUGGAGACAGAUUUCACAGAAUAUCUUUUAGUAUAUGAUAGUACCGACUCCGAUUUCUUACCCUCAAACUAUGGUUACACCCACUUUAGAAGGGGACUAUAGAAGAAAAUCUAGCAGUGUAUGAUGCUCCAAAACUAAAAUCUGAAGUCAUACGUGCAUGCUGGUCAUUCAAAUGGAGAUGGAGAACAAGCACUUGAAGUUGGACUGUAAAAAUAAUAGUCUCUCUAAAGUGAUUCAAAUCAAAGUCAUAAAAACCUCCUAUCAAAGAAAGCAUCUGACGGAAUGUCCACUAACAUAUUUUUACCUCAGUGGACAAUCUGAGGUUUACCCAGAAUGACUAAAGGUUUUUUCCAUGUGCCAACACAUGUGGAAUAAUCCUUAUAUUCCAUUGCACAAAAACAAAAAUAUAUCAACACAAGUCAUGAUGUUUCUAAAGCUUUUUUUGGCAGUUGCAGUUUCACUGGAGACUGGUUCAUUUUAAAUAUGAUGCUGCGUUUCACUCCAUGACCUGCAAUCUUUGCCACAAAUGUACAAGAAAAAAAAAAAAUUAAAUUGCCAUAAAUACAGAAAAGAUAUAUUUUUUUAAGACAAAUUAUGUGAAAUACAGUUUCAUGGGUGGUCAGAUAUAGUAAUGGCCAGUACAUUUUCUUAGUUCAUUCAACAUUGGCAUAUUCAUUUUGGAACCUGCCAGUGUGUGUUGUUAUAAUUGCUGAGAAACUUCCUUGCAUACCACAUGGAAAGCAAAUAUUGUUUUGAGAUUUUCUUUGGAAACAUUUACUAUAAGAACCUGAUAAGUAGGGGGUUUUGUGCAUUUGCUGGUAGUAUUCUGAAAGUUACAGUUUAUGUGUUUGUCUGUGAGAGGAAAAGCUCUAACACUUCAGUAAUGAUAUGACUGUGGCAAAGCUCUGUCCUCUCACAGAGCCACUUUGUGGCUUGGCUGACUCAUCUUAAGACUGUGUCCUCUUUGAACCAGUCCUCCCACACAGCACUUUUUUAGUUGUUCUCCUCCACAUCUUGCAUUAAAUGAAUGUCAGUGUCAAUUAGUUUAUGUGACAAAGGAUAAUGUCUGAGAGACAGAGUUUGUAGUUUUCAGAUUAAAUAAUGAGCCAAAUACUCAGUCUGUUCUGUUGUUUUUGUGUUUAUGCACACUGUGUGAUCGCAUUUGGGUUAUAAUAUUAAUUAAACCAUAGAGAAAUGUAUUGAGUAAAAUAGAAUGCUCCGCAGAUGUAGUGUCUUUGUUUGCUUGGUUUAACGUGGUGAGUUGUUUUAAUUGUUUGAUGUAUCAUAUUUGAAGAAAUAAGAAAUGUUUACGUGGACAUUUUGAAUGUUCUAUGAAGCCCAGGCUCAUGAAUGUACAAAAACAUUUGUGUAGAGUUAUCUGUGUGAUUUUAUAUUUUUUUGUAUUUAUAUAUUCAUUUUAUUAUUUUAUCAAAGUAAUUAAAUUGAACUUGUGU